AUGACGGAGGAUAAUAAUACACCGUUAAAGAGGAAAAAGAAGAAGUCUGCGGAAGAAAAACAAGAUGCUGAGUCACCAAAUAAAAAGAAAAGGACAGAAGAUUUUACAGAGAUCACAUUUAAAUACCUUCUGAGAGAUCCAUCGACAGCUUUUUCAGCUUUUGAACAAUUUUCUGAGACUGCACGUCAGUGGUCAGAGGAGCAUGGAUAUGAUAUCAUUGCUGGAUACUGUCGAUCUUCAGCAGAAUGCAGUGAAAUAUUUAAAGUACUUGAAGCAGGGAAAAGAAAACCAGGAGAGUUGGCAGCUAUUUUCGGUGUGUUGGAGGCUAUAUUACUAAGGAUUGCAGAUGACCUUGAGAAGUUUACCAUGGUUGGCCAGAACAUCGUUCAAAGACUGUUAUCUUCACAAAUGGCUACAGUAUACUUUACCCUGCUGGUGACUAACAAGUCUGGUCACAUCAAGGUUACCCUCAAGCUUCUGACAGCUAUGGUGAUGUUGGGAGACCGGUCAGCCCGGAUGGUUCUUGCUCAGUUUGAUUUCAACAAUCCAGUCCUACCACCAUUAUUGAAUCGCAGAGACAAAAAGGAUCCUAAAGAUGUACGUACAUGCUUGAUUCACUUUAUGAUGUCUUUUCUGAUCACUGGGAGUGAUGAUGUUGUCAAACAACUAAUGGAACAAAGAGGUUUCCUUGGUAGCUUGAUACCUGGGCUCCAAUCUGAUAGUGUGGGUAACAUACAGAUGGUAAUGUCUACAUUACUUCACAAGGUUGUCCAGAAUCCUGCAGUUAGUAAGACAUUAAAGGUGCGACUGUUUACCGAGUCCAACAUGAGACUUUUGGGUCAGAUGUACCACUGGACUGGUCCUAGCACCUGGCAGAACCGGCCAGCAGAGGAUCAGAUAGAGGUGGGUGAUGCCAAUCAAACUGAGGACCAGAAAACCGUGUCAGAGGCUACACACCAGCUCUUGGUAGAGUUGUGUUCCUCUCACAGAUAUGGAAUCAACUUCUACGACAAAUCACUGGGCACUACUGGACAAAAUCAAAACCACAUUUUGACCAGUUUCUUGACAUCACUGACCAAAGUAACAGAAUCACCACUGAUCCAGGAAUUGGUUAUAAAGACACUUCGGGCAUGCCCAGACCAGCUGUGUCAUUUCCUGCCCUCCAUGUUAAACAUCCUGUCACCACGACCUUCUCCUAAGUGGCGGGCUUCAAUGGCGUUUCUCUGCAAGAUUUUUGAAAAACAGUCAGACCUACCAGCUGUGUUCAAGAUCAAGGAAAGAGUGAAUGCCCAUAAAUUUGUGGAUAUGUUGAUGGUGGACACCUUACCUCCACAGGAGAUGUUAUACACUGUACUGCAGGCUCUCAAGCACAGACAUAUAGUGCCUCGUGACACGGUUCUGGACUUCAUUAAUAUGAUGCUGAAAAGAGCGAUGACUGCACUAGCAUGUGUGACGGAGGAGAAUCUAGGGCAUUGGUACUCACACACAGAGAGGGAUGACAUAAAACAGGACUACAGAGAAAAGGUCAUCAAGGCUGUCCCUGAGAUUAAAUCUCUGUUGGUGUGUUGGGACCAUGCGACAACACUUGGUUCCGAGGUCAAGACACAGGAGCUUGAUAACGAUGAAAGCAAAAUCACAGAUGUGACCUUUGUGACCCCUCUUCAACACAUGAUCAAGAUACAACAGACACUGUGCCUAUAUCAAGACCUUGUGCCCUCUGUGCUUGUGGAUGACCCUGUUAUUAUCUAUAAGCUCCUGGGUGGUGUCAAAAAAUUGUCCCAGAAAACUGCCGUGAAAAAUGAUGAGCUAAAGAUGGAUACAGAUGACAAUGGCAACCAGUCAGAAAAGAAUGAUACUAAAAGUGACCAAUCAACAGAAGCUAAUGAUCACCAUGACCAAUCAGAAAAAUCAGCUGAAACGAUUGACCAAUCAGAUUCCAAAACAUUUGAUCACAUGCUUCCUCAGUUAUACCUUCUCAAACUUUUAUCUAGGACAGAUGCACGCAAGCUGCCCUGGGGUAAAGAUAGUCAAGAUGGUCGCUCCCUGAUGCACAUAUUAUUAGAGAUAAUGAUGGAGGUCAGUUCUAUCUGCCAGAAUGAUUUGACACUCACAACAAGGGACCUUAUAUCCCAGUUGCUGUUUAGCACCGGUUUAUUUGAGUACCACCAGGGAGAGCUACAGUUAUGGAUCAGACAGUUCAGUGUGUCCAUGAAGAACCUCACUACUAAUGAAGACAAGGUCGAAGUUAUCAAACUAUUGGCUCAUGUUUUUACUACCUUCAUCAAGAACCCCUAUCCCUAUGUUGACAAGGUCAGUGACUUCGUAUCAGAGGCCAUCACCAUGGAGACAACAGGGGGAAGUAACUUAGACAAUAUUAGUGUUGGAACUCAUGACAGCAUUAUUGAUGGAAUACUGGACAUGGAUGAGGAUAUGGAGCCAGAGGAUACCACUGAUUCUGUUACUACAGCAGAUGUCAAUGAGGAUGCCUUUAGGUUUCCCUACAGCCCAAUGAUGGUGAUUGCUCUGGAGCAUCUGACAAGGACAAAAGAUUGGGCACUGAGUGUAACAAACUUUGUGUCUGGUAUUGUCCUGGAUCUUUUCCACUCCCAAAUACAACCUCUCCCUUUGGUGUGUAUGCUGAAUGCUUGUCAUGGAGACCAGCUGGACAGUGGAGUCACCAGUUACAUAUUGUCAUGGUUACCAUCACAAAAGCUCAAGAAGACAAAAAUACCUAGUGAAGGUGUACAGAUGUUAUCCAGUAGAACAAUGAUGCAUGGCUUCAUUAGGUUGUGUGCUACAACAGAAGAGGUCAAGGUCGCAGAAUUAUCAAAGAGUCUGGAUGACUUGGAUGUGGAAGUCAUGCUUCUUGUUGCCAAGCAACUGCUGCUGUAUUUUGUUACUCUUGAGAAAACUUGCAGCAAGAUGGGCACAAAAUCCAGUGAUGCUUUAAAAGUACUUUUAGAAACCCUCAUUGCAUUAAUACACUCAAGUACAACAAGACAAGCCACAGUUUCAAAAGAAUGUGAUGAUCACUUGACUGAAAAUGAUUUCAAUCUUCUGUCUGACCUUGGUCAGAACUCAAGGACAGAGCCUCUGAUUGAAGUGCUACGAACAGUUUUUACCCACCCGGUGCUGCUCCAAUGGUUUCUGUAUAAUCCAGCUGAUAAGCUAGUGGAUCCUGCUUACCCGGCUCUGACAGCCAGUUGUCUUCGACAUCUUGUCACAUCUCACUUGAGCAAGCUCUUCUUGUCCAUUGCAGAACAGGAUCUCAGUGAUUUGGCACUAGUUCUCAAAAGAUAUGUUGAGAAAAUUACAAAUUUCAUGGACUCCAUCAAAAAGGGAAAGGAACCAAGUUCCACCUACCAAGAAUUGGUUGGAUUGAUCCAGAAUAAUUUAGGAUUAUUUACCAAAUUCUUAGAGAAAGAGACACAAUUUUCACUCCUACACACAGUCCUCUAUCUACCAAAAUCUUUGCUGAUUGGCUUGUCAUCAGAGUUGUCACCCUUGGGAAAUUUCCUCAUGAAUCUGCUAGAGGAAAUGUGUAAUAAUCUGACCACUCACCACCACAGCCUCGCACUUCUACAUAUCAGUGAUUUUAAAGUGUUAUUAGACAUGAUGUGCAACAUAGACUCAACAGUUCUUGACAUUAAUUGUCAAAAUCUUCUGCAAAUAUUUCCUCAUUUCUCUGUUGCAAUUACUAAGUCAACCAUGUGGCGCCUGCUGAAUAGCUCCUCUAGUGUGAAACAAGGGAUUGCCAUGAUAGUGGUUAAACAUAAUUCAGUAGCUAGGUCCUUUCUAGAGGACUGGAUUAUGGAAACAAAUAUUGACGGGGAACAGAUGUUUGGGAGCAUUCCUUUACUGAACUUGUACCUACAGUGUGUUCUGAACAGAAAAACUGAAGGUGGGGAAGCUGUCCACAAAAUCUCUAAAGACUAUAAUGAUUGCCUUGGAGACUUGAUGGCUACAUCUAACCUCCACCCAGAGUUUACAGGACAUGUGUGUAAAAUGCUUAUCUUGCUGUGUAAGCUCCAAGUUAUUGACAAGGAAAAACAGAAAAAUGUUUGUCAGAACAUUACCAGUGCUAUAAAGACCAAAAAGGUAGUCCAAAAGGAUCACAUCCAGGUGCUUAUCUACCUCUCCUCUGCUCCACUAGGGGACAGCUCAGAGCCUGUCAUUUCUGAACCACAAGUGUACAACGUGUGUCGACGAUGUUUAAUGUAUUGUCUACAGAAAAAGGAGAGACUGGAUGGAGACCUCGUUGAAUACCUUCUCCAUUUUCUUUCUAAAACCACUCAGGAUGUGAUUGAACAAGUGAAGCCCUCUGAACUCCGUAAAGACUUCUCCUCCUUUGUGAAAGCUUGUUUACGAUCACAGUACGCCUGUGCCAGUACUCAUAAGAUCCUCAACACUCUGAUGAAGACUGUGUACUCAAAUGGAAUGACUCUUGAUCUUACUCCUAACAUGGUCUUUGAUAUGGUGCUCAGUCAUUCCAUGUUUUUGUCCAUCAUACUGAACGAGGAAGGAUCAGAGGUCAAAGAGUGUUUGGUGGAUCUGUUGUUGAUGCUGGUUGAAAUCUGCCCGAACUGCUGUACCUCCAGCCACAUAGGCAUAUACCUUGGUGCUUACAGUGCAACUCUGUCACAAACAGACCAGAAGUUGUUGAGACUUCUCCAUCUGUAUGAGAACUAUGAGGUCUCUAUGAAAGAGUACAAGCCUUACCUGUGGGGACCAAAGGCAACUGAGCAGCACACUAUUAGGAAGUCCAUGGGGUCAUCGCUAUGGAAACAGCCAUCCACAGAUCAGGUGUUAGAGUACAUUGACCGUGGCCGGCUAGAGAGGUCCAUUUUAAAAUUUCCAUUGCUGAGGAAACUCCAGCCGGGCUUGAUACAGGAUUUGUCUGUGUAUGGAGUCACUGAUGACCUCUAUGACCCCUGCUUUAUUCUGCCAUUGUUCAGUAAUCUAUUGUCUCCAGAAUCCUUUGUGGACUGCCGGAAGUUUGCAGAGACUUUAUGUCUAGGAUACACCAUUGCUGCUUUGAGUUGCCAUGACAAUGGUGUCAGAGGUGUUGCCUACCAUGUACUAGCACGAUACCUUCACCAUCUGGAGGGUGCACGUUUCCCAGAACAACAGCAAGUGUUGUAUCUGGUUAGCCUACUGAGAGACAGUGUGACACGCCCAAACACCAAACUAGCCUGUAUCAUAACAGUGUUUCUGGCAAGGAUGGUGCCACUCAUGUUCCUGCAUGACGACCACAUGUACAAGGUGAUGAACUACUUCCUGCUCUUGAAACCUGCCAUGGACAUCACCACAGUGCCAGAGUUCUAUAAACUGUUCAACAGCUCAGCCUUUGAGUUUAAUGUAGAAAGAUCUUGGAUUUUGGAUUUAUGUAGAGAUGGUUUGAGGGAGACUCUGGACUACAAGCUGUUUGAGUCUCGCUAUGUCUUCAAGCUUCUGUUAAGUUUUCAUGACUCUGGUAUCAGCGAUGCCUCGACUCAGUUACAAGUAUUGGACAUUCUGAAGUCAGCCUCUCUCCAAAGGACGGUGACCUUUUACCUUGUGAAGCAGCACGGAAUGUUGAGUUGGCUGUCUGGCAUGAUUAGCAGAAAUAUUGGUGGUAGCAAACUGGUCAUGGUGUGUGAUAUACUCUAUGGCUUGUGGUUUUCUAUGGUACGCCACCGAUCUAUCAGGGGAAACAACUAUGAAAUUAACAAGGAAGGACAAGUCACCAAAUGUUUGCCACUGGCCAUAUCCAGGGAGGUGUUGACAUGUCUCCUGUCCCUAGUGAAGUGCUUUGGGGAAGAAACAGACGAUGAAGUAUACCAAAAAUGCUUGGAGACCCUUGUGUCAGUGCUGAAUCACCUGAAGGAAACAGUGGUGCACCUACAAGACAAGGGACAUGUUAGAGUUACACCUCUCACUACACACGAUGUCUGUCACAUCCUAGUCAACUCGGCAAGAGUCAUCAACAACAAAGACAUUGAAACAACCUGUACACAUGCCUUUAAACUCUUGAAUGUAAAGAACAGAAGCAUGGGGACAGCAAGACAAGAUGGGAAACACAAAAAGGAUGCAAAAGUCAUUAUUGAAAAAGAAGUGACAUCAGAAAAGACUGACAGACAAUUAGAAGAAAGUGAAACAGAUAAAAAGAUUAGUUUGUUAAGUGUAGACUUGUUGUUACACUGGAAUCCAGAUCUUCUUGAUGAUCCAGGUAGUGAUGUUGUUCAGGUCACAUGUACUGUUGCCAUGGCAGUGAUUUCCUUCUUUAUAACUAGUCUUCCAUAUAUGAGUUAUGAGACAAUGGAUAGCAUUGUGACUUGGAUACACCUACAUUUUUACAAAGGAUCUCUGGUCAAACAUUUAAGGGAAACAGAUCAGAAGGAAUUGGUGAGAUGUCUCCUACAGAUUUAUAAUGCACUGUACAACAUCACUGGUGACAAGAUUUAUAUAGACUCUGAUUCUUGUGUUAGACCUGAUUUGAAUCAUACUUUGAUAAAUUUGAAUGAGGUGAUGUUCAACAUUGCUGGUCAUGAGAAGGGAGAGAUGUUGGCAGUAUGGAGAGAAUUCUUCUGCAAAUGGAACUCAACAGACAUGUCUUCAGAAGAUUCCUCUGUUGCGGGAAGGAGAUAUUUCCUGGGAUGGCCCUCGCCCUUGGACAACCUUAACGACCAGAAGAAGGCCUUCGAUAGCUCAAAGAAAAAACUAAAGAAGAAGAAAGCAUCCAAGCUCUAACAUUAUGUAUCUGUAAAGGUUGUGAUGUUUUACUAGACCUAGGUGAAGUGAUGGAAUUGACGGUAUCAGCAAACUCUGAGAAAAAUGGUAAUAUUGACUAGUUAUCCAGCCUGUUGAUCAUCACAAAUGUGGAAACUGGUAUUUUAUCUCAGUAAUCAGCGUCUGUUUGUUAAACGAUUCACUCUACAUCUGACAUGGAGGAUUGAUUAACUGAACCUGCUGUAAAGGUUUUUUUCAAGGGUUUCAGUAUUAAUUAUUACAAAUACAGAAAAAUAGAUAUGUUGAAAAUGAAAUCAAUAGUAAGAGGAAAGAAGUUUUCUUGAUAGGAUGUAUUAAGGUGUCACACUGUCUGAUAGGACGUAAUAAGGUGUCACACUGUCUGAUAGGACGUAUUAAGGUGUCACACUGUCUGAUAGGACGUAUUAAGGUGUCACACUGCCUGAUAGGACGUAUUAAGGUGUCACAUUGUCUGAUAGGACGUAUUAAGGUGUCACACUGUCUGAUAGGACGUAUUAAGGUGUCACACUGUCUGAUAGGACGUAUUAAGGUGUCACACUGUCUGAUAGGACGUAUUAAGGUGUCACACUGUCUGAUAGGACGUAUUAAGGUGUCACACUGUCUGUCUUUCAUAAACUUUUCUCUGUCCAGAGAUCUCUUCCCAUAGUUUUCAACUGAUCUCUUUCAAACUUGGUAGACUCAAUCAUCUUGACAUGAAACUGAGUUUCCCCAAACAGCAGUAUGAUUGGAUUGUAUUUUCAGGAGUUACUGCCCAUUGUUAUUUUCCUGAUAAUAAUUUUGUCCAGAGGUCUCCUGUCUUAGUUCUCAAUCAAUUUCUAUCAAGCUUGAUAGGCUUAAUCCCCAUGGCAUGAAGCUGUGUUUUCCUGACUGGCAGUUUGAUUUAAUGGUAAUUCCUUCAUUCUUCAUGGUCUAAAUAAUGUCAGGAGAUCUCUCUAGUUUUCAUUUUAUCUUUUUUAAACUUUGAAGGAUUUACAACCAUGUCAUUAAAUUGUGAAUAUUUCUUUGUCAUGGGACAGGCAUAUAUUGUAACCCCGCAAGGUUCUUUUGUUGUUUAAAAGAAUGGUUAUGCUGUGUAGUAUUCUGAGUCAGGGAGAAGUAACCUUUAUACAUUGUAGUUUUCUUAUGGGAGAGGAUUUUAUUUGUCAGGGAGAAAAUGUAACCAAUCCAUGUUGCCAUGUGCCCUCUGAAGCCUUCCUGGACCUACCACUGGGGAUGAAACAAUUUUCACUAGAUCAUUCAAAAAUCCCCAUUGUUUAGAAAAAGGAUUCCUUAAGUUAAGUAAAACAGAUAAUACAAAAUAUGUAAUAGGCAGAGCUUCAGAGGACAUGAUAGUGCCUUGAUAUACUUCUUAUUGUAGCACGAUUCUAGAUAAUGAAUGAGUUUAAUAUAAUUGAUAUUAUAUUUACACUUUUUACAUAAGGUUCAUUACAAUAUAUAUUACAUUAUUAUAUUUUGAUAUUGUAAAGGGAGGUUACCUUUGUAAAUAUUUACUUUUGGCCGAGCACAUCAGUAAGUUAUUGUUGUGCCAAAUGUCCCCCUGUAAUGUAUGGUGAUAGAAUAAGAACAUCUCUUGUACAUAUUACAUAUAUAAUGACCUACAUUAUAUAUUGUGUAAAUGUGAAUAAAGAGUCACAAAUCUC